CCAGCGGGGCUCGCGGGGGAAGGACUUCGGGUGCCUUGUUGCAGAGUCUGCUAAUUCCCGAAGAGUCCUUGGUUGCUUGCUGGCUAUUUUUGCGGUGCGUUUAUUUUAUUUUUCAUUUAUUUCCCCCCCCCCCAGUCCUUGCUGCUGCGGGACUUGCCGGUGUGCGCGCUACAGCCCUGGAAGGAGCAGCUCUCCCUCUCAUUCCCCUCCCAGCCUCACCUCGGGCUGGCGCUGCCUCUGCUAUUGCUGCUCCUGCUUCGGCAGCACCAGAAAGUUUCCUCCGUGGAAGGGCUCCCCUGAAAGGGCACUGGGAGAGCCCCUCGCCUGGGGACCGCCGGGCCCCCCUCGCCACACAGGGGCUGGGCAGAGAGGCAGGAAGAGAGAAUUUCUCAAUUAAAGGAGAGAAGAAGGCAAGGCUGGGGGUGGUCCCCCCCCCAUUCCGUCCUGUCUAAUCUAGGCAGUUGCUCUUGAUUUUCUGCGAAGGGAAAGACGAGAAUUUUAAAUGCAAGGCAAGUUGUGAAGGAGGCGAGAGGGACCCGUCGGUGCUGUGGGUUGGCGCAGCCCUGGGAGCACUCGGACCUGCCAAGAUUUCUCAGCUGGUUUUGGUCCUGUUUUCUUUCACCUAAAGAGGGGAACUGUGGACUCAGAAGCAAGUCUGCGGUCUCGCUGCCACUGCGUCCCACCUCGUGUGUUUUACGGACAUGAAGGAUAAUUAGGACAGCCUCAAGGUAAUCCUUUGAGAUUGUGUCAAGAUGUAGAACUUUGCUCCCUGGACUAUAAGCACAUCUCCUGAUUGAAGCAGUGUAAUGAAAACAAAAUUCACUUUGCUUUAUGUAAGCAAGAAAGACCUGGGAGACUUGGCACUGAGCUGUUUUCUUUCCUGCUUUUAUCAAUGGAGUCUGAAUCUUACAAGGUUGAUAUGAAGAUAUACAUUCUGAAACACUGAAGCAGAGGAAGAGCGCCACCAGAAGCAUGAAUGACGCACAGUUUCAAUCUGGUUCAUUUCGAGGAGUUUGAGUUGUGGUGCUGUGAGAGAUGCUGUUGUCCAUGACAGGAUGGGAUUAUUAUGAUCAAAUACUCUAUUUUGACUUCACCCAGUGGCCAAGAGCUUCAUAUAGUAGACAGCUAAGGACUGGACUUUUACUAGUAGUGUAACAGGCUCGUGACCGAGGAGUAGACAACAUCGGUGGAGUCAUGCUUCACACGGCCACAUCAUUCUGGCAGCCAUUCCUAGGUCUGGCUGUGCUGCUCAUUUUCAUGGGGUCUACUAUAGGCUGCCCAGCUCGCUGUGAGUGCUCUGCCCAAAACAAGUCUGUUAGCUGUCACAGGAGGCGCCUGAUCUCCAUCCCUGAGGGUAUUCCUAUUGAAACCAAAAUCCUGGAUCUAAGCAAGAACCGGCUGAAAAGUGUCAACCCUGAGGAAUUCACAUCCUACCCGCUGCUCGAGGAGAUAGACCUCAGUGACAAUAUUGUUGCCAAUGUAGAGCCUGGGGCCUUUAACAAUCUUUUCAACUUGCGCUCUCUGAGACUGAAAGGAAACCGUCUGAAGCUAGUCCCGCUAGGGGUAUUCACAGGGUUGUCAAACUUAACAAAGCUUGAUAUAAGUGAAAACAAGAUUGUCAUUUUGCUGGACUACAUGUUUCAGGAUCUGCAUAACCUGAAGUCCCUUGAAGUUGGGGACAAUGAUUUGGUUUAUAUAUCCCACAGGGCCUUCAGUGGACUGCUUAGCCUGGAGCAGCUCACCCUGGAGAAAUGCAACCUAACAGCUGUACCAACAGAAGCCCUUUCCCACCUUCACAACCUCAUCAGUCUGCAUCUGAGACAUCUCAACAUUAACCUUUUGCCUGUGAAUGCCUUUAAGAGAUUGUUUCGCCUAAAAGACCUGGAGAUCAACUAUUGGCCUUUACUGGACAUGAUGCCUGCCAAUAGCCUGUAUGGUCUCAACCUCACUUCUCUCUCAGUCACCAACACCAACCUGUCUGCAAUACCUUAUUCUGCUCUUAAACACCUGGUGUACCUGACACACCUAAACCUCUCCUUCAACCCCAUAAGCACCAUUGAGGCAGGCAUGUUUGCAGACUUGGUGCGUCUGCAGGAAUUGCACAUGGUGGGGGCCCAGUUACGUACCAUUGAACCACAUGCUUUCCAAGGGCUCCGGUUCUUGCGUGUACUUAACGUGUCCCAGAACCUAUUAGAAACGCUAGAAGAGAAUGUAUUCCAUUCCCCUCAAACUCUUGAGAUCCUCUGCAUUAACAACAACCCCUUGGCUUGCGAUUGCCGCCUCCUUUGGCUGUUACAAAGGCAGACCACCUUACAGUUUGGUAGCCAGCAGCCCAUGUGUGCCGGCCCAGACAGUGUCAGAGAGAAGCUGUUCAAAGACUUUCACAGCACCGCCCUUUCCUUUUACUUCACCUGCAAGAAGCCCAAGAUACGGGACAAGAAACUGCAGUACCUGGUAGUGGAGGAAGGACAGACUGUGCAGCUGGUGUGCAAUGCUGAUGGGGAUCCUCAACCUACCAUCUCCUGGGUGACGCCGCGACGGAGGCUGAUCACAACUAAAUCAAAUGGAAGAGCCACGGUGCUGGGAGAUGGCAUGCUGGAGAUCCGAUUUGCUCAAGAUCAAGACACUGGGAUCUACGUUUGUAUUGCAAGUAACGCAGCUGGGAAUGACACAUACUCAGCCUCCCUUACGGUAAAAGGAUUCACUUCAGACCGUUUCCUUUAUGCCAAUAGGACCCCUAUGUAUAUGACAGACUCCAAUGACACCAGUUCCAAUGGAACCAAUGUGAACACCUUCUCGCUGGACCUUAAGACAAUACUAGUGUCCACAGCCAUGGGCUGUUUCACAUUCCUUGGCGUUGUUUUAUUUUGUUUCCUACUUCUUUUUGUGUGGAGCCGAGGGAAAGGCAAGCACAAAACCAGCAUUGACCUUGAGUAUGUCCCCCGCAAAAACAAUGGUGCUGUCAUUGAAGGAGAGGUUGCUGGACCACGGAGGUUCAAUAUGAAAAUGAUAUGAUGGUCUACUGCUAGCAGUGCAUUUCCUGUGGCAUUAUAUCCAAUUAAACAAGCCUGGCAUGUGGAAUUGCUAGGCGGAGGCAGCUUAAUGCAGCUGUCACUGUGUCAAAUGGUUAUGUGGAAAUGGAAAGACUAUUUGAGGUUUACAGUAGAGCCUCCUAACCUUGAGGCACGUGUGUCAGGGCCUUUCAAAUAGUUGGUAAACGGUACUAAUUGUUUGCAUUGCAAAUAUUGGCAUUCUGGGGAUCUCAGUAAUGAACUGUUGGCUCAUGUUCAUGGACAGUUGUUCAGCAUUUUCUACCACUACAAAAAAGAAAAAGAAAGGAAAAAAACCUACAGUGUAGGAUUUACAUAUUUAAAAAGACACAUUUGUCUAAAACAUACUCUACAGUGAAAUUUGUAUCUAUAGAUCUCAUUUGUUAAAGCCUUGCAUCAUACCUUAUAGU